AUGUCGCGACUGCGCGAGCGCGUACAACAUGCUCGUUUGGAUCUUAAGAGCAAGACGACUGUCGAUGGCUGGGUACUCGAAAAGCAAGAAUCCAGCUGGGCCCCUGCGGGAACAUGGUCGAACGCUGAUCUCGACAUAACUCCUGUCGAGAGGCGCACUUGGACCAGUUGGACGAUCUUUGGAUACUGGUUCAGCGAUAUCAUAAGUAUCCAGAGCUACCAGACCGGAUCCACUAUACUCGCAGUAGGGCUCACAUGGCAUGAAGCCGUCUUCGCUAUUGUAUUCGGCUCCUUCGUCAUGGGCAUCCCCAUGGCACUGAACGGCUAUACCGGGGCAAAGACACAUGCACCGUUUCCGAUCCUCGCACGUGCAUCAUACGGAUAUCAGUUGGCCAAGUUCCCCGUCGUGGUCCGCCUCAUCACGGCCCUGUUCUGGCACUCCAUCACCAAUUUCCUCGGCGUAGGCCCGACCAUCCAAGUCAUACGGUCCAUCUGGCCAUCCUUCAGGACUCUCCCUAACCACCUCCCAGAAUCAGCGGGCAUCACGUCGCAACAAAUGAUCGCAUACUUCGUGCUUUGGGUCGUGCAGUUCCCUCUGCUGCUGAUCCCGCCACAUAAAAUGCGCUGGCUGUUCACCGUCAAAAUCAUCAUGGCCACAGCCACUAUUGUGGGAAUGACUAUUUGGAUCUGCGUCAAAGCCGGCGGCAGUGGAGACAUUUGGGACCAACAGCCUGCCGUCACAGGCUCAGCCAAGUCCUGGCUGGUCAUGUGGUCCCUCAACAGCUGUACCGCGUCGUGGAGCACGGUGGGCGUGAACAUCCCAGACUUCACGCGCUACCUCCGCAAGCCUCGCUCCGCGCUGCAGCAAGCACUCUGGUUCCCCUUGAUCUGCAGCUGGGUCGCCGUCAUCGGCAUCAUCGUCACCUCGGCUUCCUAUGUGCUAUAUUCCGAGUACAUCUGGGACCCAAUAGCCAUCAUCGACACGUGGGAAGGACCUGGAGGUCGCGCUGCCGCGUUCUUCGCCGGCAUGUCGUGGGUCCUCGCUCAAAUUUGCGUCAACGUAUCUGCAACUGUGAUCUCUGGAGCGAACGAUCUGGCAAAUCUCUUCCCAAAGUGGUUCAACAUUCGACGUGGGGCCAUCUUCAUCACCAUCAUCGGCGGGUGGGCGAUGGUGCCCUGGAAGAUCCUGCACUCCGCGAGUUCUCUGUUGAGUUUCAUGGGCUCGCUGGCGAUUUUCCUGUCGCCUAUGAUGGCGAUUCAAAUUGCCGACUUUUUCAUCGUCAAGAAACAACACCUCGAUCUGCCGGCCCUGUAUCAGCCACACGGCCGCUACCGAUAUAUCUUCGGCGUCAACUGGCGGGCAUUGGUUGCGCUCACCGCAUCUAUCACGCCUUGUCUCCCUGGUCUGGCAUAUAAUGUCAAUCCGAAUGUCGAAAUCGGUGGAGCAGCAUAUUUGAUCCAAUUUAAUUGGUAUUACGGAUUUGUCGUUGCAUUUGUGUGUUAUAGUGUAGCGAGUUUGUUGUUUCCUGCGAGGGAGACACUGGUGCAUUGUAUGAUUGAGACAAAUGAUGAGGGGAAUGUGGAGAGGAUCGAGGCCGAGAAAGGGUUGGAGAUUGUUACUGCCAGUGAGAGACUGAGUGGUCAUUAG